AAAAAAACACUUCACCCCUUUAUAUAUAUAAUCAUGUGGAGGUUAUUAGUAUCAAUAAGGCAAAAUUUACAAAAUAUGGGAAAAAGUCCAAGAGUAGCUGAUGAAAAUAUGACAAAUAUUUGUAGAGGUGAAAAUAAUAGAUCAACAAGGCAACAUAAUUGGACCGGGUUUUCGAUCAUUUGUGGCGUUUUUCGUGCUCCAUUAGCCUUAUUUUCAUGCUUAAAUCAUCCUCGACUCAAUGGAACGGAUGGAGUUUGGGUUUCUGGUGAAUUUUCACAAAUUUCUGAAAUGAAUCAUCUUAUGGUUAGUGAUAGUAUGCGUUAUGCAAUAUUGAUGUGAAGAAAAAAAAAAGAUUAUGGUAAGAAAUGAAAUGAAAUUUUUAGUUAUGAUGAGACUUUUUUUUUUUUUGGUUUGUGUUUUUGGGUAUUUUUUUUUUCAUAUAUGUUGAUGUACG